AUGAAGGCCACACUCGCUUCUCUUCUUAUCCUUGCAACUUCUCUCUCACUCAUCAACGCAAAGGAUUCCAACUUUGUUCACCUAAAAGCACGUCGUCAUUGUAAAGCUUUGGCUCAAAAGACUUUUACGUUUGAUGACAACGAUUAUGAUGCAAGUAAAUUAUCACCUUUACUUGACGAUAAAACGGCAAGUGCAGCCGGUAUCAGAUUUGCCGGCUUUUAUGGUUUCAAGAAUACGGAAAAAUCCGGUGUUGAAGCAGCUUCGCCACCUAAUCAAAUCGUUGGUGGUGCAGUGAACGGAUUGUUGGAUGGUCAACAUUCUAUGUACGUUGCACAAGGAAAUCCUCAAAAUAUUGAUUAUUUUGAUUUGGAAGGUUUAAGUUUCGGUUGUACUUUGCUUACAAAUGAUGCCCUUGGUCUUUUACCCGGUGUUGCCCAACCAUGCAAAAUGACAAUGACGGGUUACUACCAAGGUAAAGUGAUUGGUAAAAGAACCUACAACUACCAACCUGACGGACAAACACAGUCAGAUCCACAACAGGUCAAAAUGACCAAUCAAGUAUGUCAUCAUGACUUCAAAGGCGUUGAUAAGGUUGUAUUUACAACGGACAACAAGCUGCUCAAAGCUGUAAAUUUGGAUAACAUCAUCGUUGUGCCUCAUACAUGUACUCAAUAG